AUGGACGGGGGCGGCGGCGGGGCUUCCGACGGUUCCGUGCCAGGAGUCCUGCAGAAGGUCUUCAGCCUCAGCUUGGUGGUUCCGGAAGGCAACAUCACUUGCUCCGUCGCCUUCUGCCACUUCCCAGAGAUGUGGUAUGGUGUCCUCCUGUGGGUUCUGGUGUCGUCCCUCCUUUUCCACAUCCCCGCAGGAUUGCUGGCCCUCUAUACCCUUCGGCGUCACAGCUAUGGCAAGUACAUGUCAGUGAGCAUCCUGCUGAUGGGCAUCGUGGGACCAAUAACUGCAGGCACAUUAACUAGUGCUGCGAUUGCUGGUGUUUACAGAGCUGCUGGGAAGGAGAUGGCCCCCUUUACGGCCCUGAUGUUAGGUGCGGGGCAGUCCUGCUGCGUGGUGAUGAUUUCCUUCUUACGGAUUUUAGCCACGCUUUAGCAGUGCCUUGGAAAUGGAGGCCAGUGUGGACCAAGUGGCUUCAAGCAGCGAAGCUGGUUGCUGAAGAGAUCAAAGGGCAUGAUAAGCAAAGAAAUGCUCCUGCGAAAGCCUGACAAGAGUCGUACCUGGAUAUGCUGCGCUCAGGCACAGCUGCCCUUCGUCUUGCGGAAGCUUGUGCUGGAGAAUAUCACUGUGGGCCCUGUGUUCAAGUGGCCCUUUUAUCUUUGAUCAAGCAAAGCCCUCGAUUGCAGGGGAAAGACUGUUUCACACACCGAUUUUGUGAGCUUUGAGUGAUGUUUUAAGGCAAUUGAGGCGGCUCAGUCUCUGUCUUCUGGCCAGUCAGUACAGUGGAAUGACUGUGUGCGUGUGAACGGGUGAGAAGGAUGAAAUGCUUUUAAAUCUUUCUAGAGCACUGCCCCACGGGCUGGAAACUUUCACAUCCGGCUCUGCUGUCAA